AUGUUCAAAUCAUUGAGUUGCAAGGACAAAGAAAAGAUCAUUAGAGACAAAGGACUUUGUCUAAACUGUUUUGGAAAGCACAUCCGAAAGCAAUGUAAGGAGAAACUGAAAUGUACUGUUGACAAUUGCCAGCAGAAUAAUCACUACUUACUCCAUGGCGUUGGUAUUUACCCCCGGUUUCCUGAAAGAAGGUACAAACCACCAGAUGCAGACCUGGCAGGAGAACAAGGCUCAGGGACGAAAACUAGUCAAGAGAAGAAAAAGGAAGAAGUUCCAGUCAAAGAAAACCAAUCUUCCAAUGAAGUACAUACCGGACGAGCUGCAGCAAGUCAACAAAGAAUUGUCCAUCAGAUCAUACCUGUUAUUCUGUAUGGGCCGAGUGGGAAAAGGAAGACGAUGGCAAUGUUGAACAGUGGAUCAAACGCGACACUUAUAAAGGAAGAACUAGCCCACCAAUUAGGAUUCUCGGGGCAAACAAAUCAGUUAGUACUCGGAGGAGCAAAUACAGAUGAAACGGUAAAAUCAUUCGUAAUACGCAACCUGACAAUAUCUGGCACAGGGAGGCGAAGAAGUAAGUAUACCAUCGACAAAGUUCUUACGGUUCCACAAAUGAAUAAUCCCACAUAUGCAGUUGAUUGGACAGCAAAAACAAGGUUUGAUCAUUUGAAGGACCUUGAUCUCCAACCCGUUGAUGCGGCUGAAUUGCAAUUGGCAAUUGGAGUGGAUUCUUAUUUCCUUCAAGCCCCGCUGGAAACGCGAGAAGGACCCCGUGGAACUUCAAUCGCCAUCCGUACACGACUCGGUUGGUUAGCUUUCGCAAUUCUUCCAUCGGAGGAUGAUUCCGAUGUGCAUGUUCGAUGUCUUGAUGUGGAACAUACAACUGAACUUAGAACCAACGGGGACUUUCAAUGGCAACUCGAGCAGUGGAUCAACAUGGAGACCAUCCCACCUGUGAGAAAGAAGACUGAAAUCCGCUCAAUAGAAGACCAGAAAGCAUUAGAUAUCUUGCACACAACUACAAAAAGAUUACCAUCAGGUGACGCUUUUGAAUCAGGAAUUCUGUGGAGAGAUCCGGAGGUCGUACUUCCGAACAAUCGAAAGGCAGCAGAAGCGCAGCUACACGCACUCGAACGCCGCCUAGAUCGUGAUCCACAGCUAAAGGAAGCUUAUCAGGCAUCUAUCACCAAUGACGUGGAGAAGGGGUACAUAAGGAAGCUAGAUAAACAUGAAGUACAGAUGACAGUCAGUAACAGAACAAACUACUUGACGCAUCAUCCCGUGAGAAACCCAAAGAAGCCGGGCAAAGUACGGCGCUUGUACAAUGCGGCAGCGAAAUACGAUGGGAAGUCUUUAAACGAUUUUAUUUACACGGGUCCAGAUCUACUAAAUCCGCUGUUUGGUGUGUUACUCAGGUUCAGACAAGGACGUAUAGCACUAUGCUCAGACAUUAAAGACAUGUUCCUGCAGAUACGAGUAGUAGAAGAAGACCUUCCAGCACUACGGUUCCUAUACAGAGAUUCGAAAGAUGAAGAGCCUGUAUAAGAAGAAGUGUAUAUAUAUAAGAAGAAGUGUAUAUAUAUAAGAAGAAGUAUAUAUAUAUAAGAAGAAGUAUAUAUAUAUAUAUAUAUAUAUAUAUAUAUAUAUAUAUAUAUAUAUAUAUAUAUAUAUAUAUAUAUAUAUAUAUAUAUAUAUAUAUAUAUACAUCGCAUCCGCUGGUAGGAAAAAGCGUGUAGUAUACGAAUCGCGAGGUUGUCGCGGAAAUUAGAACAGUGGCGGGAAUUUUAAAGUCCAAUUUGUAAACAAACUAUCUUAAACUUACUGAUUUAAAUAUGAAUAAAAAGUAAAAGGAAAUGGCAAUGAAACUUUCAACAUGGGUUCUAAUUUUGUUUUUUGUUUGUAUAUAUAUAAUUUCUGCGUUUUCUCAUGAGAAGUGUUUGGUUUGUAAGAAGAAAGUUGAGAAAAAAACGACAGGAAAAACGCUCCCGUCAGCCGAAGUUUUACUACGGUGUUUCGGUGUUACGUACAACGAGGAUAGCCCGACACACUCAGUGUUAUAUCCUACUUGUUUUCGAUAUGUUUUUAUUUAUAAGAAAACGGGGAAAACGUCUUCUCAUGUGAGUAUAAUAUGCCAUGUCGUGUACUGUUUUACUGUUUCAGUUUCAUUCCUCGUCGGCAAUAUAAAACUGCAUGGAAAAGGUUUUUUUUUACAUUUUCACAUAAACCGGUAAGUUUUCGCCUUCUAUAAUUUUUAUUUUCUUUAAAAACAGUUAGCUAAAAAUGAAAGAAACGUGGGACGGCCACGGAAGCCACAGGAAUUUCCUGCCAAAAGCAAAACUACCGAAAACAAGGAGAACCAAGAUCCAUAUAUUGGUGGAAAAGGACACUAUUUUGGGGGCUGUACAAGAACAACCAAAUGGAGACGUGGGCUUACCUGCAGGGAUUCAGGGGCGGCGCUAACCCUCUUCGAGUGGGGGUGUGUGAGUGAUCUUUUGCCGACUGUUGUUUGGUAAUUUUGCCGAGUCAUUAGCCUAUAGUGAGGGUCCUGAAGGGGGGGGGGGUCCCAAUCCCAUUUUCCACCUGAAAUUUUGGCAAAAUCCCAGUCCCAGUUGGAUUUUUAUUAGAAAUCCCAGUCCGAGUUAUUGAAAUCCCAGUCAAUAAAAAACCCUUUAUUUAUCGGUAGAAUAAACAGUUUUAAGACCUUUUAAGCCACCAUGUGUGCAAGUGGCGGACACUUUAUUAAAUAUUGAGGGGGGAGGCUCGUGCCGAAGGCACGGAAAAUUUUUAAAUUUGAAUCCCGGAAAUGGCAUUUGCAUUAUUCUGAGACACGCAUAAUCAGAAAACCCAAAAUUCCGGGCGCCAGAGUAUGCCUGUUCGCAGGUAAUGCUGUGAAUAAUAUAGUUAACAACAAAAAUCAUGACUAAAGACACAAAAAACGGAUCAAAAUUGGGAAUCGACUCACACUACUUCAAUCCCAUCCCCAUUUUUGAGGACUUCAUUUUCCAUUCCCAGUGGCCAAAUCCCAGUCCCAGCAACCCAAAUCCCAUUUUCCCAGUCUAAAAAUAGAUCAAUCCCAGUUCCCAUUUUACCCUUUCAGGGCCAUCUAUAGUAAAUGUGCAUGUUUAAAUGCGCUUUAUUACCCUCUAUUAAGUCGGUUUUCCACUAGCGAAUUUUUCUGCGCGAAGCGACCUUUUUCCUUUGUCGGCAUCCAUUUUGCAGCCCUCGAAAAGUCAAAACCGUCAAAAUUGAGGUCGGCAAAAGAGGGCCGACCUAAAUCUGACCUAGGUCGGCACAUCUCGGCAUUUUUUUAAAUCUGUUCCACGUCUUGGAGCACUAUUAAUCACACAUUUACGAAUAAUUGAAAUCGGAAUAUAACUGGAACGUUACCUCCAGCCGGGAAAUUCGAAAGUUGGAGCCAAAUUUUGACUCCAGCUGAUGCGCGAAAUUUGAUCUUCAAACAUCUAACGUAUAUACACAAUACCCGUCAGUUUUUAAACCUUACACCGUAGUGUGUUCAGUUAAUCGAAUUCGCUGUCAUUUUAAAAGCUAUCAGCAUAAAAAAUUCUUACUUUGGUUGAAUUAAGGUGGGCAAAAUUUAGCCCGGCAUUGCCGAAUGCCGACCUCGUUUUCGAGGACCGAUUUUGCCACGUCUUGCUGACGUAAUAAGUGAUACCUGUUGGUUUCGAAACGGAAGGUCAAAUUAAUGUUUUCGAAAAGGUUCGAUGGGAAACAAAGAAGUUGUUAUUUUCCGCUAUAAGCAAAAGUUCCCAUCAAAAUGCGUAAGUAUGGUCAGCAAAUGCGUAAUGCGGUUGCCUAGCCUAGCCACGCUAUGUCCGUUGCGAAAAAAACAUAGGUUUGUAGAUUACGCAGUAAAUUCCGGUUUGUUUUGCGCAAAAACAGUCUACCCAACUUGUAAACUUCAUUCUGCAAUAAGUCUUUAACGCGGACGCUUGUGAGUAAGCAAUAGUUGUUUUGGGCCCUGUAUUGGCCAAGUUCUAUCCACGUUAGGAAGACCGUCUACCUUUACUCUAUCUUGGCUUGAAAGAAGAAGCUACACAUAUAUCUACGCUAUUAAAAGUUAAAGUUUGGUGCGUUAGCAAACCAAAUUCGAACCGAUUCUAUCCGCGACCGAUUCUAUCCGAUCGAUUCAACACGUUACGAUUCUACUCGAUCGAUUCUACUCUAUUCUAUGUGAUUCUAUAUCAACCAUACUAUAUCUAUCGAUAGUAUAUCAUCUACAAGGACAAUAUACCACGAUAAACGACAAUCUAAAUGAUCUAAAACUGCGAUUUAUCAACAUUCAAGUGAUUCAACGUCUUGAUAUUGAAUUUGAUCCUACCAACUAAAACCUACAACAUCGAUUUCACAUUUCGACACCUCAUUCCCAACAAGUCGUCGUAUCGUGAUAUCAUUGUAUUGUACAUAUUUCACACCUGUAUAUAUCCUGUUAUCUGUUUAUUAAAUUGUUAUAACCUUUUUGUCAAAAUUCUAACGUCGAGUUCGAUUUAUUCAACGCACCGCGUCUACCCCCAGUAGAUUCAUUUGGAUUUUGUUCAAACAUUUAUUUCUAUCCGGAUGAAGCUACAAUACCGACAAAGGAAAAAGGUCGCUUCGUGCGAGAAAAUUCGCUAGUGGAAAACCGACUUUAUUGCCUCUUUUAUAGAACAGUAUAAUAAGCAACAACAACAACAACAACAACAACAACAACAACAACAACAACAACAACAACAACAACAACAACAACAACAACAACAACAACAACAACAACAACAACAACAACCACCAAACAAAUUUAAUUACCUAAUUAUGAUUUCAAUAAUAUUAUAUUUUUGGACUAGCUGCCAGAAGUGAAAAUACUGUAUUCGAAAAAAUUUGCAUUGCUGCAUGUGUGGUUCCUUUGAUGCAUGUUAUUCUUGAUAUUCGGUUGGUUUCUUCAGUGGUUAUCUUUAGCCAAUCCAGUUUUGCCGACUGAGAUAACAAUCUUCAAGCUUUUGAUAACAAUCUUCAAUCUUUUGAUAACAAGCUACUUCUUAUCAAUAAUAGUCUUUCCCAUGAUCACAUAUCUUUUUGACUUAUAUACAGGAUGCAACUUGAAAAAGGAAGAACAUUUAUUGAAAGCCAGGCACAUGUACAGUAA